AUGAAGCAGACUCUUGCAGCGAUGUUGGUGGCCUCCACUCGCGGCAUCGUCAUCCAUGCCCCCACCGGGUCCAACUUCGAGUUUGGCAGCCCGAAGUGCCCUUGUGUCGGCGUGGCGGGGCUGGAUGGGACGACGGAGGUCAAAGUCUCGAAAAACAUGACGGCGGACUUCCCCGCCGACUUCGGCGCACGCUGUGCUGCUUGGGACAACAAGCGCAACGGUGCGUACUGCAUGGAAGGUCAGGAUCCAGGCGCCGACAAGGGAUGGUGUGCGGAGCCCUACUGCUUCGUGGAUCCCUGCAACUGCGACUUGGAUGUGCCGCCCACGCUGGCGAACAGCUACUUGCCCGAUGCCAGCUACCAGGGCAAAGGCCUGUGGUAUUCCUACGUAACUUGCGGUGGCAAGGACUACUGGAUGGAUGCUGAGACUAAGAAGCAGAAGCAGGAGUCCACUGGCGUUUGCGAGAAGAAGGUGGAUGAGAAGAAGUGGGGCAAGAAGAGCUGCCGCUGCGUUGGCUACGAUGGCACCCCAGGUACCGUCAACGUCACCAUUGAUAAGAAGGAGCUCAAGUAUCCCGCCGACACCGGCGCCACCUGCGAUUCUUGGGAUGCCAAAAGGCACCCCGAUUGUGCCGGUGAUAAGCCAGCGGACUGGUGCAAGCAAGAAUGGUGCUAUGUGGACCCCUGCGAGUGCGACUUGGAUGUGCCGCCGAAGACCUCGUCUUACCUGCCCAGCGGCAUGGUGAAUGGCAAGCCCGUGUACUUCUCCUAUGCCACCUGUGGAACCAGCGAUUCCUACUCCGCGUCGAAUAAGGAGUCCUGUGUCUUCCAGAAGUCUCAGGACAACUGCACCAAGCUCGACAAAUGCGCGUGGGACGGGAAGGUUUGCCUGGGCAAGGACAUUAUGAAGGCAUGCUCGGCGCACAGUGGUGCAGGUACCAUCAAGGCCGCUUUCGCGGUUGCUUUGGCCUUUACGACCGCCGUGAUUGGGUUCUAA